AUGAAGGUUACCGGUUUCUCCGCCGUUCUGGCGCUGUCUCUUACCGCGCAAGCUCUGGCUUCCGAAUUUGUGGGCUGCUACUCGUCUUCCGGCAGCUUGGUAAACAAGGGCUCCAGUCAAUUCCAGUCCACUGGAUUAUGCUCAAGCAUUUGCGGCCGUAAUGGAGCAAGCUAUGCCGCUACGUCAAAUAGCAUGGACUGCUACUGCGGCUCUUCGCUCCCCCCCAGCGCAAACCUGGUCUCUAAGUCAGAAUGCGACGUCCCCUGCCCCGGAUUCCCGUCGGAUUUUUGUGGAGGCGAUGGCUUCUGGUCGGUUCACAAGACCUAUAUCGGGGGCGAUGAUGACGACGGCGACAGCUCGGAUGACGGGAAUGGGGACAGCCCUUCGGGCGAUAACUCGGGAGAUGGUCCAGAUGAUGGUCCAGGCAGUGGUCCUGGGAAUGGCCCAGAUGGCGGUCCAGGCCAGGGUCCAGGGGGCGGACCGGAAACUACGACGGCAUCCAGCAUCACCAUCUAUCCUACUUCUUCUGCAGUUAUCACGGUGACAUCGGACUCCGCGGUGACAGGCACCAGCUCCCCAUCUGCCACUGUCCCGAGCAAGGAAUCGUCCAGUGUCUCCGUCGCGACGGCGUCUCCAACCACAGCCACGUCGGGGGCCAGUCGGCGAUUCCGGUUCCUGUUUUUCUAA